AUGAAGCUUUCGCGAGCUGCGAGUUUCCUCUGCCUUGCGCCGCUGGCUCACGCUUGCCUUCUCCCCGAGGAGUCCGCUCACGAAUCCGUGGGAGUUGUCCGCCGACAAACCACCAACAACACCGGAAUACCCAUCGGGAAAGCCGAUCGGUUCAAUGACGGCACCAUUGCCCCGCGAGGACUGGGCACACAACCGCCGGGCACCGACCUAGGCACCCUCCUCAGUGUCAAAGAGAUCGAAAGCGCCUUCCGGGGUCUCGCAAAAGAGUACAGCUUCGAAACCUUCGCAUCCCCCUUCAAGACAUAUGAGAAUGCGACCAUCUUUGGUGGCAAGAUCGGUGGCAACUCCAAAGGCAAAUCUGAGUCCCCCCGCGUGUUCUUCAACGCCGCCAUCCACGCCCGCGAGCGGGGCUCCUCCGACAACCUGUUGUACUUCUUGGGCGACCUGCUUUACGCCAACAAACAGAAUACCGGCCUGGUUUACGGCGGGCGGACCUACACCAAUGACGACGUCCGCAAAGCGUUGUCCACCGGUAUCGUCUUCCUGCCUCUGAGCAACCCCGAUGGCGUGGCAUGGGACCAAGCGACGAACACCUGCUGGCGCAAGAAUCGCAAUCCGGCCGCCGCAAUCCCCGGCAACGCCAACUCCAUCGGCAUCGACCUCAACCGCAACUUUGAUUUCCUCUGGGACUUCCCGCGCCUUUUCGCCCCAACCGUCGCGCCGAACGUUGCCUCCAACGACCCUCGCGCGGCAACAUACCACGGCGCCAGUGCCUUUUCCGAACCGGAGACGCGGAGCAUCCGGUGGGUGAUGGACACGUUCACCAAGCUCCGCUGGUUCAUGGACAUCCACGCGUAUGCCGGAGUCGUGCUGUACAACUGGGGUAGCGACGAAAACCAGGCCAAAAAGCAGGGGAUGAAUUUCUUGAACUCCACCUACGAUGGCGAGCGAGGCCUGAUGCCGGACUCGCCGGCCGCCGGGAUUGUAUACUCGGAGUAUGUGCCGAGCAGGGACUGGGCCGACAAGACCUACGCCGCCAUGAGGAUGGGCAAUGCCAUGGACGCCGCGGUCGGGCGGCACUAUGAGGUGACGCAGUCGGCGUAUCUAUAUCCCACCUCCGGGGCGAGCGAUGACUAUGCGUAUUCGCGAUCGUUUGCCAACCCUAAGCUGAACAAGAUUCAUGGCUUCACGGUCGAGUUUGGCUUCGGCAACCAGGCGGCUUCUUGUGCUUUCUAUCCCACUCCGGAGCAGUACCAUCAGAAUCUCCUUGAAACUGGAGCGGGCUUCAUGGAGUUUCUCUUGUCCGCGUCAGAGAUUGGUCUUGGAGAUAGAGGGAGCUAUUAG